UGGAUCAAGUAGGAACUUGCUUAGCUGGAUGCUUUGUGCUGGGAUUGGGAGCAGCCUGCAAGAGAGAGAGCACAGACACCACCAGACAGGAAGAGAGGCAGAGAGGGAGGAGGCCAAAGGCUGCCCUGCUCACCACUAGGAGAGGAAAGAUUUGAGAGAGGAGGGGUGAGAGAAGAAAAAAGGGGAGUAUCCCGUCUUGUCUGCCUGCCCUUCUGUGCUACUGCAGCCCUCCCUCCCCCCUCCCUCUCUCUAUCAUUCUCUUUCUCUCUCUUUCCCCUUACUCAUCUGUUUCUGUGGCUGUGCUGAGAGGAAGGGCACCUGCCGCUCCCUGAUGAUUCAGCCUUUCAGCUACUUGGAGCUCCACAGACAAGGCAGCAUGUCCCUCCUGCCACUGCAGUGCCUGACCAUCCUGUCCUCUGCACUACAGCUACUGCAGCUGGCCCAUCACGCCAACACUGCCUCUUCUGCCCAAGUGCUCAGGUGAGUGAGUGCUACUAUUCCACCACUGCUCUCUGGUAGACCAUGCAGAACAUUUAAAGGACUCCAAUUCUCUGGCAAUCUUUUUUUUGUUUUUGCCUGCAGCCAAUUUGACGAUUCUAUUUAUAGACUGAUUGCGUUUCCUGUGAGAAAGCAUGAGUAAGGAAGCCCUUUUCCUCGUGUGCAGAAGGCUGUCUACAUAACCUCCCAGACUGUUAACAAGGUUCGACUCACCCCUGAAGAGUACCUUCCUCUCAAAUCCCAGCUCUGACUCUGCAGCCUCAUGAUGGAAAACGUAGUCGAGGAGACCGGUGGCAGACAGCCACUGUGUGAUGCUCUGAGUUACUAGUUGAGGUGCUCAGAGACCCCUUCAUCCAGCAGUUGGACAGGAUGACUGAGGGAAUGGAGGACUCCUCUGCAGGGCCAGCUCCCCCUCCUGGAUCGGCCUCCCCCACCAGCUCUACUGUUGAUACUGGACAAGUCCCCGAGGAGAAACCAGAGGAGACAGAGGCAGCUGGUGGGGAGAGUGGGGAGGAAGAUGCGGAGGGAGGUGGAGGUGGUGGUGGUGGUGAUGGUGAUGAUGGGGAGCAUUUGGGAGCUUUGGGAAUUGUGGCCUUGCCAGGGACCUGCUGUGUGUGCAUAGAGAUGGAACAGAUUAACAAUUGCCUGCACUCUGAGAAAAUCUGCAUUCUGCCCAUCCUGGCCUGUCUGCUUAGCUUAGCCCUCUGCACAGCUGGCCUCAAAUGGGUCUUUGUGGAUAAAAUCUUUGAGUACGAACCACCCACACACUUAGAUCCCAAACGCAUCGGACAGGACCCAAUUAUCAUAUCAGUGACCCCCACGCUGGGAAUAACUGUGUCGCUUCCUCAUUCAUCUUUUGUCUCCUUGACCACCGCCAUUACCCCGGGACGUCCUGACGUCUUAGUGGAAGAGAAAUCUACACGAGGGCCGUACGUGCCUCAGCCUCCACGAGUGACUCUGUCCGAUCCCUCCGUUACACUGAAAUACACCGUUGAACGUCCCACCGUCCCAAAGCAGACUCCCCACCCUCAGACAACACAGGAAUUAAACGACAUCAUCAUCCCAACAAUCUCUGCCACCAGCACCACCACUACAGCCAAGACCUCCAGUCACGUGACCCGCUGCAGUGACAACCAGAGGAACUACUGUGUUAAUGGAGGGGAGUGCUUCACCCUUGAAAUCAUGCCAGGCAGCACAAAGUUUCUUUGCAGGUGUCCAAAUGAAUUUACUGGGGAUCGUUGCCAAAACUAUGUAAUGGCCAGCUUUUACACUGAGGAGCUGUAUCAGAAACGCAUUUUAACAAUAUCAGGAAUCUGCAUUGCACUCCUAGUCGUUGGAAUCAUGUGUGUGGUUGCCUACUGCAAAACAAAGAAGCAGAGGAAGAAGCUCCAUGACCGUCUGAGGCAGAGCCUGAGGAAUAAGAGGAACAACAAUACCAAUACUGGUAUUGGCCCCAACCUGGCAAACUCAGCCAGAGGACAUCAGAUUCCUAACUUGCCUCUUCAAGAUUUGCAGCUUAUCAAUCAAUGUAAUGGGACAACUAUGCACCAUGCAGCUGAGAGGGAGACCGAAACAACCCUGUCCACAAGCAAAAAUGCUUUAUCUGCGCAUGAACACACCACAUUCACCCACAUCUCUAGCCAAAGGUUUGUACCUGCCAUGACAACCCCGACUCAGCUGUCUCCAGUGUCCCUGGUCUCGCCUGCAACUCCAGGGUCUCCUCCAUCAGAGAUGUCGGCCCCACUGUCCAGCCUGGCAACCUCUGUCCCCUCUAUGGCUUUAAGCCCCUCUGGUGAGGAGGAGCGCCCCCUGCUUUUGUCAAACACACAUCAGCCGCGCAAGUCCUUGAGCCGAGACGAACAGAAGAGGACCUCCGCCCACUACAACCAUGGCCAUGUGGCACACAGCUUACCACCUAGCCCGCUGUAUACUAUGGAGAAUGGUUACCACGGUGACCACGCCACCACAGCUGACAGCCAUGUGUUCUCAGCAUCACCUGAGAAGCAAUUUAACACAAACAAUAACAUCAACAGCUUCAGCACCAAAAGAGUCACCAAUGGCCAUGUGCUGCAUAACGCGGAGUCCAGUGGUGACGGCAUGCUAGUGAGUGAAACAGAGGAGUCUCAUGGGGAACACACACCUUUCCUUACUACAGAUAGCACUACAGCCCUGUUGCUCAGGGCUAUGGACAGCAGCAGGACUAACCCAGCACCACCAAAUGAUGACCUGCAAUACGAGUCAUCCAGUUACACCACCAAACAAGAUCCAGUUGCUGUGUGAAGUUAAAAGAAAUGGCUGAGAAUCCUUUAUGUUGAGGGAAAAAAAGGAAUAGUCACUAUUAAACCUUUAUUUUCUAUAAAUCGUUUGCUGUGUAAAGACUUUUAAAGAUAAAUGAAACUUUUAUUUUAGUGAUGUAGUAAAUAAAGACUUUUUAUAUAAAAAAAAAAUGUACAAAUGUGUUCAUGUCUUGUAGGUAAAGUGCCAUACACUAGUAUGUAGCAACAGUUCACGGUAUGUUUCAGUGCAGAAAAAUAUCAAUGGUGCCUUUCUGUUUAGUAUGCUUAAAGGGAAGUGCAGCAUUGCAUACUGGGCCAUAUAUUCACCAUCUUAAUCUUCCAGUUAACAAUCAAAAAACAACUAGCUGGCUGCUUUUAACGUCCUGCAGUUGGAAGUGCUCACUGACACAACAGUUUGAUAUGAAACUUAUACGAGGUGCAUGCUAUGUCCUUGAAUGCUGUGAUGGAAUAAUGAGCAAUUGAUGUGGUUUCUUCUCCAGCCAUUUGACCUGGUACUGAACUUGAAAGAAUAAAUAAUGAAUCAGCUCAUUACCUUGCAUUUGAUGUUACAAAUCAUACUGGUUUUAUUCAUCACCAUCUAAUCUGGAAUCCUGCUGGUGAAUGAAUAUUAUAGCUGUUAGAUAAAGGUGCAAUCACUAAAGUCUGGCUCUGUAGUGUUACUAAUACUGGCACUUAUAUGCUUAACAUAACCCCAAGGAUUUUUCAUUUUAGUAAAUUCUAUAAUUGAUCUGCAUAAUUCAAGUGUACUAUGUCUAUGUUAAAGGGUACUGAACUGGUCGAGUAUUGCACUUACAUAAUGUUUAAGGACUGACAAGGGACAGAUUAAAAAAAAACAAAAAACAGAUACAAUGGUCAUUGAAACAUCAGAAGCCUAAAUAUCCUGACUUAAAGUAAAGUCAUGAUCAAUGCUGGAUCCUACGUUUCUCAUAACGCUUGAAUGUAUCUUUUUGAAAGUAAAGUUUCAUUUCUUUCUAAGCUGGCAGGUAUCCACAUGUUCACAGUGUGCAAACUGACUCAGAUAAGGUGGUGCCAUCAAAUAAAAAUAACUGCUAGCAUGAAGACCUCUAUGGCUUUAUUUCUUCAAGAGAACACUCCAAUAACUUGUGUGUCCUCCAUCACCAAUAUGAUAUUACUGAUUGCAUCUUUAAAUGCAAUAAUAUCUACAUAGUGUGUAUCAAUGGAAGACUGAAUAUAUGGCUCAUUUCGUCCUUUGUGUGUUCCUAAUGCAGUUUGGGGAUUCAAGAAAUAGCUAAAAAAAUAUGGUUAACUGCUUUUAUUUGUUCAGUCAUAUCUCUGGUAUGAUAGACAUUUUUUUUUUUUUCAAAUUCAACUUGUUACAAUUUUCAAAACAAUAAAUGCAUACACACGUAUACACACGUAUGCACUUAUUUUUUGACUUAUUCUUACCCCAGCUUGUGUUCACAUGUGCAGUCUCAAUGUAUGUGUGAUUUAAAAAAAGAAAUUUUGACAAUGUCUGCCAACAUGAGACUGUCACCACUUGUAGACUUUAGAAUAAACAGAUUUACGAAAAGUAAAUAAAGAUAACCAUUAUUGGGCUCUGUAAUCAACCAUAGUUUCUUAAAAUGUAUGUAUGUAGCAUCAGCAGUUAGCCUAGCAUAUGAGUAAGUAUGAUGACAUAGAUGUGCUGCUCCAUGAUUACUGUUUUAAUGGUGGCCAUACUUCUGUAUUUUAUAUUUAUUAUUUUAAGAUGAUUUAUUAUUUAUUUGAUUAUCAUUACAAGCAUUAAUUACUGAUUUUAGUAUAUACAUUUAUAUUCUAACAAACAUGAUUUAAAGAUGUAAAAUAUAUAUUAGCCAUCUGUCACAUGGUCAUUGGUACUAAAUAGAAAACAACUACUUGCAUAUUUUGUCACUUGUAUGCUUAACAUAACUCACAAUGCAUUGCUUUUGGGUCUAGGAGUGUCUUCAAAUGAUGUAAAUACACCAUGAAAACCUU